AUGGCCACAUUCUCGAAAACGACUUUCGAUGCGGCAGCAUACCUUGCUUUUCGACCUUCCUAUCCUAAAUGGGUCUCUGAUAAGCUUCUGACCUAUCAUUUCGGCCGUCAUCCCUCUUGCUCUCCCUCUCCUUCCUCCUCUUCUGUUGGGUCCUCACUCGCUCUCGACUUGGGCUGUGGACCAGGAAUCUCGACUCUCUCGCUCCUUGCGCAUUUCGAUCGGGUCAUCGGUCUCGAUCCGUCGUCAAAAAUGGUUGAUGCAGCCAUCACACCCGUCACUCCCAACCUUCCGCGACACCUCGUCCCCUCUGCUUCCGAUGGGAUCAAAGGAAAACUUGGAACAGUCGAAUACAAACAGGGCUACUCGGAAGAGCUCAGCUUGCUCUCCGAUGAAAGUGUAGAUCUGGUUACGAGUGGACAGGCAGCACAUUGGUUCGACUAUCCUAGAUUUUGGAAAGAGUUGACUAGGAUUGUAAAACCGGGUGGUAGCGUUUGUCUGUAUGGCUACCCAGACUUUUUCCUUCCUGAUUUUCCUUCAACUCGGAGCUUGUUGAAUCGGUUUGCGCUCAAAGAUGGUCGGGGACCAGGGAGUCCAAAACUCUCUCCCACCUACCCUGCUGACGAGAAAAUAGAUGGUAUUGGAGAAUACUGGGAACAACCCGGCCGCAGUAUUGUCAACCAAGGUCUGGAACCAAUCCCUUUCCCGCAUAGCUACCCCGAUAUCGCCCCGCAAUGGGAUAGCUCCACCGCCUUGAAAAGAACUUUCUCUACAGCAGGUUUAACCCGGGACCAAAUCUGGUCCUCUUGGCCGCCCCUAACUACCUCGCCACUCAACGCUGAUGGUUUGACCCAAGAGGUCAGGAAAGCGUUCGAAGGAGAGCAGAAGGAAGCAACAAUGGAUAAACAUCUCACGUGGGACCAACUGGGAAGCUAUCUCAGAACUUGGUCGGCAACCCAUACCUACCUAACCGAGCACAAAGGAGAUAAGGAGGAACACGCGGGAAAGGACGUGGUGGAUAGGUUUCUUGAAAAGCUAAAGAAGGAGGUCGAGAGAGCCAAUGGUGGGAAAGAGGUGCAAAGGUUGCAUUUGCGAUGGCCCUUGUGUUUUGUCAUGGUUAAGAAAAUGCCACUUUGA